ACGUUUUCCUGUCUUCUACCUCCAAUCAUCCAAAAUGCAACGCGGCCUGCCUAUGCAACCUACUGUCGUGCUCUUGAAAGAGGGCACCGAUACAUCGCAGGGCAAAGGACAGCUGCUCUCCAAUAUCUCAGCAUGUCUUGCAGUCGCAGAAACCCUUUCCAGUACGCUUGGUCCUAGGGGUAUGGACAAGCUCAUCAUCAAUCAAAGGGGGGACGCUCAGAUUACCAACGACGGUGCGACUAUCCUGAAGCUUCUGGACAUCGUCCAUCCUGCGGCUCGUACUUUGGUCGACAUUGCCCGCGCUCAAGAUGCCGAAGUUGGAGAUGGCACGACGUCUGUAACUUUGUUGGCUGCUCAGCUGCUGAAGGAAGUGCGAGGGUACAUCGAGGAGGACGUUAGCCCGCAUAUCAUCAUGAAAGGAUUCAGGCAGGCUUCCCAGUUGGCCAUCGACAGGAUCAAAGCCAUCCAGGUUACCAUGGACAAAUCAGAUCCAGAAAAGUUCCGCUCUCUUUUGCUUAAGUGUGCCUCGACGUCGAUGUCAUCCAAACUCAUACAUUCCGAAAAACCCUUCUUUGCCAAGAUGGUCGUAGAUGCCGUGCAGUCUCUGGAUCAGAGCGAUCUUGACGAGUCCCUCAUUGGCGUGAAGAAAAUCGCAGGCGGCGGCAUGCAGGACUCACUUCUCAUCCGUGGCGUUGCCUUCAAAAAAACUUUCACCUACGCCGGCGCAGAGCAGCAACCCAAAUCUUUCGUCGACCCCCUCAUCCUCUGUCUCAACGUCGAGCUCGAGCUGAAGGCGGAGAAAGACAACGCAGAAGUGCGAGUCGAGGCCGUAUCUGAUUACCAGGCUAUCGUCGAUGCGGAGUGGGAGAUCAUCUAUCGGAAGUUGGACGAGAUUGAGAAGACAGGCGCAAAGGUUGUUCUCAGCAAACUACCAAUUGGCGACCUUGCGACCCAGUGGUUCGCCGAUAGGGACAUCUUCUGUGCUGGUCGUGUGCCCGCCGGAGAUCUUCGCAGAGUUGUGCAGGCUGUGGGAGGUUCCAUCCAGUCGACGACGUCCGAUAUUCAACGAGAGCAUCUGGGAACGUGUGGCAGGUUCGACGAGAGGCAGAUCGGAGGGGAGCGAUUCAACGUUUUCGAGGAUUGCCCAAAGGCGAAGACGUGCACGCUACUUCUGCGUGGCGGUGCCGAGCAGUUUAUCGAGGAGGUGGAACGCAGUCUCCACGACGCCAUCAUGGUCGUUAAACGCGCGGUACGAAAUGGCGAGGUUGUCGCUGGUGGCGGUGCCAUCGAGAUGGACCUAUCCGCACACAUCCGGAAGCACGCUUUGUCCAUACCUGGGAAGCUGCAGCUGGUCCAAAUUGCGUUCGCCAAGGCGUUGGAGAUCAUCCCCCGUCAAAUUUGCGACAAUGCCGGUCUCGACUCCACCGACAUCCUGAACAAGCUUCGCAUGAAGCACGCCAACGGCGAGACAUGGGUCGGUGUUGACGUCGAUGGGCCUGAAGGCGUUCGUGACAACAUGGAGGCAUUUGUCUGGGAGCCCAGUCUCAUCAAGGUUAACGCGAUCAGCAGCGCUGUCGAAGCUGCUUGCCUGAUCAUAAGCGUUGAUGAGACCGUCAGGAACCCGCAGAGCGAAGCGCCACAAGCAGGGCCUAAAGCGCCACCCGGAACGGCUCAGCGUGCGUUGAGAGGUAGAGGACGAGGCGUGCCGCGGCGAUAAUGAGGGGUGUUGAGUAUGCAGGAACAUCGGCGAAUUAAAUCUUGCGAUUGUACAAUCACCAACUUCAAUGGCGACUUCGCAGCAGUGCUAAAAACGAACAAGUUG